ACACAAACACGGGUGGCCACAUAACCUUUUGUAUCUGUCCAGUGUAAACAGACUGCUGUACUUUGGAGCGGCCAGUUAGUUUUGAUUAUUUCUCUCUGCUAGCAUCUGGAAUGUCUCCCCGUAACAAGAUGGCAAGAAUUUACCCUCUGUUAUUCAUAUGUGGCCUGCUGCUGGACAACUGGCUUCAUUGUGGAGCCUCUGUGUUCCUGCCCCAGCAUGUAGCAGAGUCUGUACUGAAGAGACACAAACGCUACAAUACAGGCAGGCUAGAAGAGAUGAUGAAGAAGGACAACCUGGAGCGCGAGUGCAUUGAGGAGCGGUGCACCUUUGAGGAGGCCAGAGAAGUAUUUGAAAAUAAGGAGAAAACAAUGGAAUUCUGGCUCAGUUACAUAGAUGGAGACCAGUGUGAGUCUUCACCGUGCCAGAAUGAGGGCACGUGUGAGGACGGCAUGAGCUCCUAUGUGUGCUGGUGUCAGGUUGGAUACACUGGAAAGAACUGUGAAAUAGAGACGUUGAUGCAGUGUGACGUGAGGAACGGGGGCUGCAUGCACUUCUGCCACUCUGAUGUAAUACGGGGGGUGACGUGUGACUGCGCAGCAGGCUACAGCCUGAAGGAAGAUGGCAGAACCUGCACACCUGAAGGAAAUUUCCCCUGCGGCAGACUAGGGAAAAGCAUACUUGCUGCUAUUUCCAGCACUCGGUCCUUGCACGCCCUACCCCCAGAGAUGAGUAGCAAUGACACGAGUAGCAAGAUACACUCCCCCCCUCUUCCCAAUACCACUGAUGUGCCAAGCACACAAACAGCCAAUUCAACCACUCCCUCCUCGACCAGCCUGCCCACAGCCAAUCCAACCACUCCCUCCUUGACCAGCCCGCCCACAGCCAAUCCAACCACUCCCUCUCCGACCAGCCCGCCCACAGCCAUUCCACCCCCACCAUACCACCACCCACCCCUCGGCGACCUGCCCAUUUCGGCCUUCUCCUCAACCCUGCCCACUGUCAUCACUAAGGAUGCAUCAGACGUCCGCGUUGUGGGGGGCACUGUGGUCACCCACGGAGAGAUCCCCUGGCAGGUGGCCCUGAUGGACAAACACACCCGGAUCGGCUUCUGUGGAGGGUCUAUCCUGAGUGAUAAAUGGGUCAUCACUGCUGCCCACUGUCUGUUGGAAGGCAAAACCAACUCCAUCUUCAUAAGAGUUGGUGAGCACAACGUGCACAAAAAGGACGGUUCGGAGCGAGACCACGAGAUCGCCGAGAAGCACAUACACCCCCGCUACAACAGCGCCCAAAGUCAGUACAACAACGACCUCGCUCUGCUGCUUGUGGACAAGCCCAUCCUCUUCUCCGACUACGUGCUGCCCAUCUGCCUGGGGCCCAAGGACUUCACCGAGACCCUGCUGCGGGCGGGCCCCACGUCGCUGGUGAGCGGUUGGGGGAAGGUGCGCUUCGAGGGCGCGGAGUCACCCAUUCUGCAGAAGGUGGAGGUGCCUUAUGUGGACCGCCUGCAAUGCAAGGGAAGCAGCAACGACCGCAUCACGCGCUUUAUGUUCUGCGCUGGCUACGACACGGAGAAAAGGGACUCCUGCCAGGGGGACAGCGGUGGCCCGCACGCCACCAAGCUCGGGGACACCUGGUUCCUCACUGGCAUCGUAAGCUGGGGCGAGCAGUGCGCCCAGGACGGCAAGUACGGCAUCUACACCCGUGUAUCCCGCUACUAUCCCUGGAUCUCCUAUGUCACUGGGCUCAGUAAGGAUGCUACUUAUGAGGACCGUGAUCAUUAAAUCUCUGUUUAAUUUUCAAAGCAAAUAGAACUGUUUGAACAAAUUAGCAUAAUCUUAAUUUACUGUACGCAUUUUUUUUAUUAACAAUUUCUUGUAACAUCCAUUCUACAAAGAGCAUUAAAGCAUGUGAACCUGGUUUCAGGGUCAUCUCCACUAAUUAGCACUUGUAGGAGUGCAUUUCACUGUCACAGCACUUACAGCAGUCAUGGGCAUAUUCCAGAAAAUUCUGCAAGUCAGCUAUGCACAAUAGGCUGUAUUUCUUUUAAAAGCAAAACAGCUGGCUUUCAGCCAUGGAGAGAAAGAAGACAGAGCUUACAUUUGCUUAUAUAUGAGUAUGUUUAUGCUGAGAUAAUUACACUUAAUUGUUGUUACCACUGUUUAGACAAUACCUUUUAUGUGUAAGCCAUGAACACAGAGCCAAGACUGUAAGAGCUGUAUGCAAUUUAACCAUCGGUGUGUUUAAACAGUGGUGAUAGUGUAUUCAGACGUAGAAUGGUAUUAUCAUCAUUUGUUCUCUUUAGUUACAUAUGAAACCCACAUAUUUAGCUGUUUACCAACAGAAAGCAGAAAGGAAUGGUGGUUAGGUUAACUGCACCAGAUCACUCCCUUCUAUGUCUACCAUCUGCUGGAACAAAACAGCAAAAAAUAGAAUUAUAGAUUAUUAAACAAGCAUUUGGAAACAUUAUUAGUGUUGUAUCAGUUUAAGAAGACCCCAUGAGACUGUACAUUAUCACGGGGGAAUCAGAGGAAUAACUAGAUUCGAUGAAUAUAGUGUCCACUCAGAAAUGAUAGUGUCCACUUCUGCAGUGUGGCAUAUGUGGCAGAGGAUCAAUCUCCCCUACAAUAAUCCACACCAAAUACAAUCACUGUGGUUAAUGACUGGAUAUGAUUACAUGUCAGCUGAAGGGGUUAGUCUAUGACAAUGAGUGCUUCUGGCAGCUGCUGGACUGAAGAUUGUGACCACGACUAGCAGCACUGCAAAAUGACUCCCACUCCAAUCAACUAAGAACACUGAUUGUUUGGAGUCACAGACUGAAGAGCCAUAUGCUGAACAGCAAGGUCUUAACAUGGUCUUUUUGUGCAAUGUCGAAUAAAGAGCAUAAUAAUGGAAAA